AGAAGAAGAAAAUCAGCAGCAAAACACGAAAGAGCUUUACUGUAGCUAGCAUAGUGCGCUAAAGCAUUCUGCAUUUUAGUAACUAUUGUAUUUACUUCUGCAGGACGGUUUCGGCUGAUAGCUUCAGCACGUUGACAUGAAGUAUCUUUAGAUAAUACAAAUUAGUUGUUUUUACCAAGAGAUGUUUAACAAGUCGUAUCAGCUGCUCCCUCAGAAGGACAACAACUGUCAGAGGACUCCUGGCUUGUUUGUGGACAAUGGCAGCUUCACACGCCGAGGCUGUAAACAAGGAUUUUCUUUUGACAACAUCCCCAAUGUUUCAGCGAACGACUUCACUGAUACCUCCCAAGGAUGGCUCUCCUGGAUCUGCAACCUGAUUGUCAUCUUCCUCGUCUACAUCCUCACAUUCAUAACAUUCCCUGUAACGGGAUGGUUUGUGCUGAGAACUGUUCCUACAUACCAGAGGAUCGUAGUGUUUCGUCUGGGUCGAGUUGGUCCCCCAAAGGGCCCCGGCAUUGUUCUGGUGCUGCCCCUCGUUGACCAGUGGCAGAGAGUGGACCUGCGCACCCGUGCUUUCAACAUCCCCCCCUGCCAGGUGACUACUCUGGAUGGUGGUGUGCUGGCAGUGGGAGCCGACAUCCAGUUCAGGAUCUGGAGCCCCGUCAUGUCGGUACUAUCAGUCCAAGACCUGAAUGCCUCAACCAGGAUGACCGCACUGAACGCUUUGACCUGCAGCCUGGCUAAGAAGACGGUCAGGGAGAUCCAGACUGAGAGAGUCAAACUUGGAGAAUAUCUCGGGGUGGACAUAAAUGAGAUGACUCAACCGUGGGGGCUUGAGGUGGACAGGGUUGAGCUCACCCUGGGCUCUCUGCUAAAAGCACCCGGGGAAGGCCCCCCCGCAGCCCUGAUCAUGCCACCUUCUGUGCCGGGACUUGAAGGCCUCGCUGGCCCCAUUCAGCAGUUGGCCAUGCACUUUCUGGGCCAAAGUGGUAUUUCAAACCCUCAAAAAGACGACAGCGUCAUUUUUACAGAUGAACUCUGCAGUGCCCCUCAAGGAGUUGUGGCCACACCGGGCUCCGUUGAAGAGCUGGUGGGCCAGGUCAAGCUGGUGCUGUCAGAAACUUUGGUCCACCAGGUUGGGUCCUGCUUUCAGUUCAACAUAAGUUCGGAAGAUGGACAACAUCACAGUUACUAUGUGGAUUUGAGCCAAGGAAGCGGUGCAGCUGGUGCAGGAUCCUUGUGCAGAGAGCCAGAUGUGACACUUAGCUUAAGUGACAUCGACCUUCUGGCCUUGUUCAAGGGCGGACUCCAACCAUUUGCUGCCUACACCAGUGGAAGACUCAAAAUCCAGGGAGAUAUUAAGACUGCCAUGAAGCUGGAAGAACUCAUAAAGCUAAUUAAAGUUUAGGUUGGAAAUCUUUCCAGUGAAAAGAGUUCACUACAUUUCAAAAGGCUCCAGAAGAAAACUCAGCCAAAUGUUGCAACGACGGCAGCUAGCAUUGGGUGGCUUAUUACAUUACUGGUGAGACGUGAAUAGAAUUUUAACAAAUUGUAACAACAUCAUCAGAUUAUGCAUGAUCAAACAAAAGGGAAUUUAAAAUGCAAUUAAACUAGAAAAUAUUCCCCUACGAUUUCCAACCAUAGCUUAAAGAAAUUUAGCUCAUUGCCUUUGUAUGUGUAUUUAUUCAAGUUUUAAUUUUUGAGGUACGGUACUGUGUAUGUUGAAUACAGUUGUUAUAAACAGAG